CAGCAGGAAUUGAGUGGCAGGCGGGGCCCGGGUCUUCCUGUGCUGCUAUGCUGCGGGGGGCUCAGUAGUGAGAGGACAGGACAGGAGGGUGCACACUGCUGGCCUGCUGCUCAUUCAUUGUGUGCCAGCUUCUUGCCCCCUCCAGGACAUCACUUACCGUCCCCAGCCUUCUGCAGGCUGUGUGCCAUCUGUACAAGGCCCGCUCCUGAAUGCUAAUCUACAGCGGCAGUCUGGCUAUUUCAGUCAUUACGCGAAUAAGCCCUGCUUACCAGCAACCAUGGCAGACGAAGACCUCAUCUUCAGAAUGGAGGGUCUGGAUAACUCUCACAUCUUGAAAGAUCACUGCUCAGAUUACAACAAGGCUGACAGUGAUGAGGAAGAUAACUACUUCAUCUGCCCCAUCACUGAUGAUGUGUCAUCACACAACACGGCGAAGACGAAAAAGACCCGCUUCUUUGAAAACCUGAAAAAGGAUACGGAAUAUGGGAGCAGCUCAUCUCCCAGGAACUCCUUCAGCUUCAAGGAGGCCUGGAAACAUGCCAUCCAAAAAGCCAAGCAGAUGCCUGAUCCUUGGGCCGAGUUUCACCUGGAAGACAUGGAUACAGAACAUGCAAUCCGACACAGGUACAAUGCUGUCUCCGGCCAGUGGGUACAGGAUGUCGUGUUAAUUAAAAUGGCCUCUCAGCCAUUUGGACGUGGUGCUAUGAGAGAAUGCUAUAGAACGAAGAAGCUGUCCAAUUUCUCACACAGUCAGCAGUGGAAAAGCGCCUACAACUAUGUGGCCAAACGGUAUUUAGAGACCGUUGACAGGGAUGUCUAUUUCGAAGACGUCCGCCUACAAAUGGAGGCCAAGUUGUGGGGUGAAGAAUACAACCGACACAAACCACCAAAACAGGUGGACAUCAUGCAGAUGUGCAUCAUCGAAAUGAAAGACAGACCCGGCAAACCUCUCUUCCACUUAGAACAUUACAUUGAAGGCAAAUACAUUAAGUAUAACUCCAACUCCGGAUUCGUCCGAGAUGACAACAUUCGCCUCACUCCGCAGGCUUUCAGCCACUUUACAUUCGAACGGUCGGGCCAUCAGCUGAUUGUCGUAGACAUUCAAGGAGUAGGAGACUUGUACACAGACCCUCAAAUCCAUACAGAGGUUGGAACUGACUUUGGAGACGGCAACUUAGGAGUGCGUGGUAUGGCCUUGUUCUUCCAUUCCCAUGCCUGCAACAAAAUCUGUAAAAGCAUGAGACUGACACCUUUUGACCAUUCCCCUCGAGAAAAAGCCGUGUUGGACAACUGCACCAAGAUGCUGCAAACUGCGCAGACGGUUGUACGUGGCAUAGAAGAGAAGUGCGGCAGCUCUCGGGUGAGAACCAUGUCUGGAAGCCGCCCGCCUCUGCUUUUCCGGCUUUCUGAGAAUUCUGGAGAUGAGAACAUGAGCGACAUGACAUUCGACUCGCUGCCAAGCUCGCCCUCCCCAGCUACCCCUCAGGGUCACGGAUGGCCGAUUUUCAAUGAGGUUGAUAACUUGAAUAAUGAACACAAUAACAACCUAGAUAACCACAGAGACUCUGAAAACGGUGGCGACAGUGGUUGUCCCAGUGAGAAGAGAAGUGAAUCUGAUGAAAUGGAGCACAGGGCUCAUGGCAAUUAUAACCGGAGGCGGUUUGAGUCCGAGUCGGAGGACAGCUUUGGGAAGAGCAAAUGUCAUAUAAUUAAAGCCAAUGCGAACCCUAUAAACAGCCCCCGGAGUAAACUGGUGUCCGUGGAGAAGUGGAACCAGUUCCAUGCAUCCCGUGUGCAUAUUCACCGCUCUUCUUGUGUUGCGUCAGAAGUGCAAAGACUUAACGACCUGGAACUAGAAAAGAAAAUUGGGAAAUCCAUCCUGGGGAAGGUUCACUUGGCCAUGGUACGCUAUCAUGAGGCAGGACGUUUUUGUGAAAAAGAUCAGGACUGGGACCAAGAAUCUGCCCUAUACCACCUGGAACAUGCUGCUGACUGUGGAGAACUGGAGGCCAUUAUUGGCCUUGGGCUUAUAUAUUCUCAGCUGCCCCAUCAUAUCCUGACUGAUGUAUCUGUGGAGGCCACAGAGAAAAACAAAGUUAAAGGAUUUAACUAUUUAUUGAUGGCUGCAGAAGCAGGCGACCGGCCCGCCAUGAUUCAUGUUGCUCGAGCUUACGACACUGGCAUAAACCUUGGAACCGACAGGUUACAAGACUGGCAGGAGGCUCUGUUUUGGUACAAUGCUGCACUAAACAUGACUGAUUAUGAUGAAGGAGGGGAAUAUGAUGGUACCCAAGAUGAACCCAAGUACCUGCUGCUAGCUAGGGAGGCUGAGAUGCUGCUUACUGGGGGAUGUAAACUGGAGAACGACCCACAGCGAUCUGGUGAACUUUACACAGAAGCUGCAGAGGCUGCAAUUGAGGCCAUGAAAGGAAGACUUGCAAAUCAGUACUAUCAGAAGGCAGAGGAAGCCUGGGCCCUCAUGGAGGAAUGAAUCUCGCCCGAAAAGCAUCGAACAUGGCAGCUGAAAAUACUCCUCGAAUAAGGAUUAUAUUUUAUAUUGGUUCUAAAAUUAUUUUAUUGUCGCUGGACUCUCCUAAUACAUGUUUACACUGAUAAAAAAAAAAACUUU